AUGCUUCUGGGGCCGUUGUUCACUUGCUCCUCCAUGCACUUCCCCGGGGGGCUCCCCGCCAGCCUGCUCCGUGCCAAGCAGGAGACUCAUGCUGGCUUCCAUUAUUUUGUUGGGUUUGAGUGGAUUGUUCAGGAUGGAAUGCUGGUGGGAGAUGCUGAAAGGUUCAGUUGUGCUCUGGAGCAGCCCAGAACCAAGGUCACAGCUCGCGGUUCCGAGUUUGGAAGCAGGGCUGUGAAGCCAGCGAACCACAGCGUGCGUCCUCCUGUGCCCACGUGCCGACGUGCGGAGCGGUCACUGCAUCGCCACGCAGUGCUGUGCGUGGAUCCGUGCGCGGAGGCCGCACCGCACCUCCUUGUGCCAGCGUGUGCUCACUUCACUCAGAAUGGCAGUGUGUGUGAGAAGGCAGAGGAGCCUGCCGAGUUAUUCCUGUGCCGACCCCCACCCUGCCUCUCCCGGAUUCUGGGUCUGCACGGGCCCCGGGGCGGGUUUGGUGUGAGACAGCCCUGUUCUGUGGAGCCCCGGUAG